AUGGAUAUACUUGGAUUGAUACGACGUUUACCUGAAAUAGUUGCAUAUAAUAAAUUUGACGAUGAUUUAUUUGAUCGUUUAAAUUAUUCACAUACAGUAGCAAUAUUAACUGUAUUUGCAAUUAUUGUUACAAAUCGACAAUUUAGUGAAAAUCAAAUUAGAUGUUGGGUUCCUGCACAAUUUACUGGUAGUUAUGAACAAUAUGUUAAUCAAAUAUGUUUUAUAACGAACACAUAUUCAUUUGAUAUGCAUGAACCAUUACCUGAUGAUUAUAGUCAACGUCAUGAACAUGAACUUAGAUAUUAUCAAUGGACACCAUUUAUUCUUCUUUUAAUGGCUAUUUUAUUUUAUAUACCACAUCAAUUAUGGCGUGGUUUAAGUCUUCGUAGUGGUGUUGAUAUAAAAGAUUUAAUUGAAGCAGCACAAACAUAUCGUUCAGCAAAUAUAAGACAUGAAGAUAAAAUAAAAUUACUUAAUUAUAUAACUAAUUGGGUUAAUAGUUAUUGUUCAAAUGCUUAUCGUUUAACAACAAUUCAAACAAGAAAAUCUUUUUUAACACGAAAAGAAAAAUUAAUUCGUAUUGGACGUCAUCUUUUUUUUCCUAUUGGUAUUUAUACGGGAAAUUAUUUAAUGAUAAGUUAUGUAUUUAUUAAAUUUCUUUAUUUAUUAAAUUCAAUUGGACAAAUUCUCUUAUUAAAUACAUUAUUAGGAAGAAAUUUUUGGUUUUAUGGUAUUGAAAUUAUAUAUCAAUAUUGGUCAAAAGGAAUUGGUUUACUUUAUGCAGGAACUGGUUAUUUUCCUAAAGUGGUUUUAUGUGAUUUUACUAUUCGUGAACCAAAUCAUCCAAAAGAAUCUCAUCGUUAUACAGUUCAAUGUGUAUUACCAUUUAAUCUAUUUAAUCAACAAAUAUUUACAUAUCUAUAUUUUUGGCUUAUAAUACUUUCAUGUUUUAAUUUUAUAUCAAUUAUUAUAUGGCUUUAUCGUAUGUCACCAUAUAAUAAUUUUCAUUAUCUACAACGACGUCUUCAUUUACAAUUUUUAACUAAUGAACAUAAUACUGAAAUUGAUUUAAAACGUAAAUUUAUUUAUCAAUAUUUACAAGGUGAUGGAACAUUUAUGUUACGUUUAGUUGCAUCAAAUGUUAGUGAUUAUGUAUGUAGAAAAAUGAUUGUUGAACUUUAUAAAGUUUUUUAUAAAUCAUUAAAAUCAAGUACAAUUGGUCGUGAACCAUUAUUUCAAUCAAUAAUGAAUGAAAAAGAUGAUGAAAAUAAUAAACAAAAUGAUAAUGAUAUUGUUGAUGAUGAUGGAAGUACAGAUCAAACUAUUGCAGGUGAUAUUCCACCAAUACCUAAUCCUCGACAUGGAAAAAUAUUUGUUGAACGAGAUAUACUUCCAAAAUUACCAUUAAAUUUAGUUGAUACAGAACAAACUGAAUUACAACAAACUGAUUCUAUUUCAACACCACCUACAAAUAUUACUAGUAGUCAAACACGUUUGCGUAGUUCUUUGAUGCCACUUUUAAAAGAUACUCGUCGCAUAUCUGAUAUACAAGUUGAAUCUUCUGAUAUAACAACUUCUCAUUAUAAAAAUGUUGAACUUCAGUCUGAACCAACUACAAUACUUUCUUCACCUUCAAUGCCACCUCUUCAACGUCUUCCACCAUCACCAACUAUAAAAGGUCCAUCACCUUAUGCAACAACAUAUUUAUCAACGAAAAAAAGAAAUGAACAUGAAUUACCUUAUAUUGAUGAUAGUAUUUCGAGUAGUUCCACUUCUGGUCGAUUGACUAGUACUACUGUUGUUCGACAAACAGAAAAGCCAACAACAACAUUAGCAUCAACAGGUCUCUUUUUUCGACGAAGUCAUGAUGUAUAG